CCUCCGACGUCCAGAAUCCAGCUCAAAGCGCUUUAAAUUUAUUUUGUGUAUCGAAGCAAGAAGCUAGCUUGGCGUCCCUCGACAGUUCGCAAUCAUGAUGUGACAUCGGUGCCACCGUAACCGACUGAAAACAACGACUAUAAAAUCUAUCUAGUCAAUAAAAGGCAGGCUAUUUCAUUGAACCAUGAACCUCGGCGGCACGGUGAAGAUUAACAAGGUCGGUGUGUGCAUCGUCACCAUCUCGUUCCUGCUGUUGUUUAUCUACAUUUUCAUCGGUCACCCGGACGACACAAACAGCAGCAGGUUGCUGGCCACCCCCGAUGAGGAAAACAGGGUUAACAUGAAGGCCCUCUUGGUGGCUGCCAAGGAGGUCGCCGAAAAGGGAGGACAACAGGUUAGGAGCGCUAGGAAACUUGCCGAUAUGCACAUUCAGAGCAAGGGCAAGACGAAAGAAGGGGUCAACGACCCUGUUACCGACGCCGACUUCAAAUCGCACUGUGUCAUGUACCAUGGGUUGAAGAAAAAGUUCCCAAAAUUAAAGGUGAUUUCUGAGGAGCAUGACACCAAUGAAUGCAAUACCCCUCCUUCUCUUGACGUCGUGGACGUGGAGGGACAAACGUUGCCUGAUUUAAUGGUGGCUAAUGAAGAUGUCACUAUUUGGAUCGACCCCCUAGAUGCUACAAAAGAGUUUACAGAAAACCUUCUCCAAUAUGUGACAACGAUGGUGUGCGUGGCCGUGAAAGGCAAACCGAUUAUCGGCGUGAUCCACUUUCCUUUCGCCGAGCCCCAAGUGACUUACUGGACCUGGGGAAAUGUGGCGCGGUCUGAAAGUGUCAAGAAGCUGGCUCGCACAAAGCCCAAUGUGGAGGCGCCGAAUAUUACGGUUUCCAUGUCGCACACGGGUGAAGUGCAAAAGUUGGCGCAAGUUGCUUUUGGUCCGAAUGUGAAGAUCACCAAAGCAGCUGGAGCUGGCUACAAAGUGAUGGAGGUUGUGAAAGGAAACGUAGAUAUUUAUCUACAUUCGACAGCUAUUAAGAAGUGGGACGUGUGUGCCGGUAACGCCGUGAUUAACUCCGUGUUGGGCGUGAUGACUGACUUGAAGGGCAACAAGCUUGACUAUUCUUCCGAAGCUGGCGCCCUCAACAAUGGAGGCAUUUUCGCCGCUGUGUCCGAAGCCGAUCUCUUUCUCGAUAAAAUUACAAAUCCAAGUCUUUAAGUAACUAACAUUCCUCUUUAACUGUUCAUGUAACGUUAAUGUGACGCCAUUUCCAUUUUUGAAAAAGAAAGAAAUAAGAAUAAAACAUGGAUUCAUCAUUGAUUUUAGCUAAAA